CGGGCGCAGUGGCUCACGCCUGUAAUCCCAGCAUUUUGGGAGGCCGAGGCGGGCGGAUCACGAGGUCAGGAGAUCGAGACCAUCCUGGCUAACAUGGUGAAACCCCGUCUCUACUAAAAAUACAAAAAACUAUCCGGGCGCGGUGGCGGGUUCCUGUAGUCCCAGCUACCCGGGAGGCUGAGGCAGGAGAAUGGCAUGAACCCGGGAGGCGGAGCUUGCAGUGACCCGAGAUAGCGCCACCGCAGUCCGGCCUGGACGAAAGAGCGAGACUCUGUCUCAAAAAAAAAAAAAAAAAGUUAAGGAUUAUUAUGCUGGAUAUUUUCCAUUUUCAUAUUUUAGCUCUCCUUUAUUUAACAGGGUAUUAAAAGGACUUCAUGAAUGAAGCAGGUUUUAAAGGAAAUAGUUAUUCUUGGAAAGACAUUUUAUUUUUUUUGAGAUGGAGUCUCUGUCACCCAGGCUGGAGUGGAAUGGUGCAAUCUUGGCUCACUGCAACCUCCACCUCCUGCGUUCAAGUGAUUCUCUAGCCUCAGCCUCCUGAGUAGCAGGGAUUACAGGCACCUACCACCACGCCCAACUAAUUUUUGUAUUUUUAGUAGAGACAGGGUUUCACCGUUUUGGCCAGGCUGGUCUUGAACUCUUGAUCCUCAAGUGAUCCGCCCACUUCAGCCUCUCAAAGUGCUGGGAUUACAGGCGUGAGCCAGCACGCCUGGCCAGAAAGACUUUUUUUUUAUUUUGAGACGGAGUUUUGGUCUAUUGCCAGGCUGGAGUGCAGUGGCACCGUCUCAGCCAGCUAACUGCAACCUCCACCUCCCAGGUUCAAGUGAUUCUCCUGCCUCAGCCUCCCGAGUAGCUGGGACUUACAGGCGCAUGCCACCACACCCAGCUAAUUCUUUUGUAUUUUUAAUAGAGACGGUUUUACAUGUUGGCCAGGAUGGUCUCUUGUUUCUUGACCUCGUGACUCACCCGCCUCAGCCUCCCAAAGUGCUGGGACUACAGAAGUGAGCCACCGCCCCCGGCCCAGAAAGACAUUUAAAAAGAACAGUGGUAGGCAGAGCUGCAUGAGAAACAAUUUUCCAGUGUCAGUUUCUUCUAGCACUUGUGCUACCUAAAUUGAGGGGAAUGUGGUUAUAGUGGCUUCGCUUCAGUUCUGUGUUUAACUCAAGGCCGCUGUUAACUCAAAGCUCUCUUUCCUGCCAGAGUGUGGUACAUUUAUUUAAAACAAGUUUUUGUGUGUCUUAUACGUGUUGAAAAUACGUACAGAACUCUGAUUAGGGACUGUUGUGAACAUCUGGUUUCUGAGAAUGAAUCUAGGUUUCAAUAGCCAAAGUCAUUGUGGCCGCUCCUUUAGGAAAGUCAUUUUUCUCCUGUGAAGCAGUCAUCCGCGGUAGACUUGACUGAAAUCCUGUGUUUUAGGAGGAUUUGGGGGGUGCCCCUGUCCUCCCUUCCUCUCAUUACAUUGGGUCAAAUUAGUUUCGGUUUUUUUUUUUUUCCCACAAGCAGCAAACAACCCUCAGUAAGUUGUUAAGUGUCCCUGCAUAUCUCUUAUCACGUACUCCCUUCCCUUUUGUGUAAAUAAUUUACUUUCUACUCGUGAUUAAAUACCCUAAUCUGUGAGUGCAUACACCCUACGUUGGGUAGGUGACCAGAAGGCCUUCAGCGGUGAGUCCCGGAACUGGGUUUUGGGGACCUGGGAGGGGAGGGAAGAGGGCGGGGCAGGCUGUGGGCGUCACUGAGUGGCCCCGCCCCUCCUUCCGCGACUAGGGCGCCGGUGGCGCCAUCUUACCCAGCUGCGGGAGGGGUCACAGGUCAGUGCCGGAGCCUCUGCAAGUGAAGGAAGACGAAGUGCGUGACCCGACCGGCUGUGGUGUUCCAGUCCCCACUGACCAGUAGGAGCAGCAGGGCGUCGGCUUGUGAGGCAGAGAGGUGGCUUUUCCUCGGGGCAGCCCAGGAAGGCCCCAAGAGGACAAUGGAUUCUGGAACUCGCCCAGUUGGUAGCUGCUGUAGCAGCCCCGCUGGGCUCUCACGGGAGUACAAACUAGUGAUGCUGGGUGCUGGUGGUGUAGGGAAGAGUGCCAUGACCAUGCAGUUCAUCAGCCACCGAUUCCCAGAAGAUCAUGAUCCCACCAUUGAAGAUGCUUAUAAGAUCAGGAUCCGUAUUGAUGAUGAGCCUGCCAAUCUGGACAUUUUGGAUACAGCUGGACAGGCAGAGUUUACAGCCAUGCGGGACCAGUAUAUGAGGGCAGGAGAAGGGUUUAUCAUCUGUUACUCUAUCACGGAUCGUCGAAGUUUCCAUGAAGUUCGUGAGUUUAAACAGCUUAUUUAUCGAGUCCGACGUACUGAUGAUACACCCGUGGUUCUUGUGGGAAACAAGUCAGACCUCAAACAGCUAAGACAGGUCACCAAGGAAGAAGGAUUGGCCUUGGCCCGAGAAUUCAGCUGUCCCUUUUUUGAGACAUCUGCUGCAUACCGCUACUAUAUUGAUGAUGUUUUCCAUGCCCUUGUACGGGAGAUACGUAGGAAAGAAAAGGAGGCAGUACUGGCCAUGGAGAAAAAAUCUAAGCCCAAAAACAGUGUAUGGAAGAGGCUAAAAUCACCAUUCCGGAAGAAGAAAGAUUCAGUAACUUGAAGAGAAGAUGUGAAGUGUUUAUCUGUGAACUGCAGUGCUGUAUCAAAGCAGUCCAGUAACCUGCAGUACAGAGCAUGGUGCUUGCUCUUUGUCCUAACUGAUAAAAGGGACAUGCCUACUAGGAGUUUUUAAUGAUGUGGUAUUUAAAGUAUUGUCUGUUAGUUAAGUAUGAUUUAUUAACCCAAUGGAGCACUGUCUGCUUUUAAAUUGUCACAUUAGAAUUUGAUCUACCAAUGUUUUGGGUUCUGUUGCGCUAUUAAUUAAUUAAUGUAAAUUUGUUUAUACCCAGGAGAAUAUGUAUACCAUGUGUGUUUGACUAAGUUCACAAGGGAAGUUUUUGGCUCUGCACUCCACAUUAUCCUUCAAUUUCAAUUUCCUGGGACUAUCCCAGAGAAAGACCUCAGUCUCUUCUAUUCACACUAUGCUUUCUAGAGACUGAACAAAAAUCAUGUAGGGAAAUUGGGGCUAAUGAGAUCAGUGCUAAAUUUCAGCAGAUACCUGUGGGGCUGGCACCUGUUGCAGACUAUGGAGUGGUGAGAUUUGGGAAAGUUGGGCUAUAUAUUUGCAGGGACUUAAAAAGGUAGGUUCAGAAAAGUAUUCUCAGUACAAGCUUCGCUUUUCUAAGAAGUACACAUUUGGCCCAAAUUCACCGGGAUAAGUGAGAACAGCCAGAAGCAUAUAAAAUGUGAUGAAGGUUUCUCCUGGGAACCUUAUUUUACUCUUCAUUUCAGGGUUUUCUUUUUUUACCUUCAAAGGUAGACAUUUUGGGAAUCAUAACUAUAUUACUAAACGUGUUUAAUCAAAAUUCAUAGUUGGAUCAGCCAUUGCCUUGUACAGGUUUAUUUUUUCCCCAUAGAUGCACACACCAACACAUUUAUAUUAAUUGCUUCCUCCCACUUUGUGCUCUGUGAAAGAGCUACAGCUGGCAAGAUGUUUUUUUGGCCCUUCAUCACUGAUUGCAUUUUCCAUACAGAAGAGACAUCGGGUGUGGGUAAAAUUGUGUGUGUGUCUCCUUGACAUGGACAAUCACUAGACUCACUGCUCUGAGAAAAUCUGCUAUUUCUGUUUAAUGGGUCAGUCUUAAAGCUUUAAAAUUCACAUAGGUGCAGUUACUUAUCUGAAGAUUUCUUUACAAGGACUUUGCUAAGUUCACCUCAGGGUUAACUGAGCCUUGACCAAGUUUAUCCUAAGGGAAUACCACUUUGCUCCCUGUGCAUAGUUUAGGAACUGUAGUCCUAGGAAGAAACAGCUUUAAAUAUUGGUAAUGAGUUGUCUGUUUUAAGAUCAGGACUGUUUUGGUAUCUGACCUUGUUAUAUGUGGAGAGUAAAUGCAAAAAUGCUAAGAGUAAUGCAUCAUGUAUUGAAUAUUAAAUGUCACUGAAGCAAUGUUUGUGUCGACUAGAAAUGUAAGAUGACUUGUGUAGCACCUCUUUAUAAGCACACAGCUCAUCUUAAUAUUUUCCAUUUUUAUUAGAGGAAGUAGGACAGAGUUGUGUUUUUCUUUAUAAACUAAUGAUAAACUAGAUUUUUAAAAAAGUGACUGUUAGAACUUUUUUAGCUCUGAGUAAUGGUCCCUUUUUAAACUCCUGGAAACAUUUUUGUUACCAAAUAAAUCAUGUUUUAUGGUACUCAGCCAUCCAAAAGUGAAAGACCUAGAAUUUGAUUCUGUGCAGGACAAAAAUCUCACAGGAACUAUAGCACUUUGGAAGAGCAUCAGCGUAGAAAAGAAAUACAGUGCAAUUCUAUUAUGAGAAUGUUUUGCAUUUAAACUGGUUUAGCACCUUUUAAGUUUAAAGUCCAUAGCUUCUUAUUACUAGUGACCUAGGGAAUUGUUAUUAACAUUAAGCUAUAUAUAUAUAUAUAUAUAUAUAUAUAUAUAUAUAUAUAUUUUUUUUUUUUUUUUUUUAAUAGAGAUGAGGUUUCACUAUGUUGCCCAGGCUGAUCUCGAACUCCUAGGAUUCAGUCCUCUCAGUAUGCUGGGAUUACAGGCAUGAACCACCACCUGGCCCAAGCAAGAAAUUGACACUAUAUAAUUAUUUAAGGUAGGCAGUAGAAACAUUGCCAGAAGGAUAGAAAGGAAUUUGGAUUAUAUAUAAGGAAAAUAACAAAUUGGUGUUUUUAAGGCUAUCACUGUCAUAUAUUAGAUCCUUGUAUUAGUCCAUCCAUUAAUAUUAGUUCUAUUCGUGGUGCUAGGUAUGAUAUGCAUAAGUCAGAGCUCUAUUCUUGGUGUCAUAAAGUGUAGCUAACUUAUAAGCUCUAAGUAAUCAGCUUUAUCUAAUUUGAGGGCAUUAAAAUUACUGCCUAGAACUUUGAAAAGAGAAAAAUUCAGGGAUAAGUUGCAAGGCACUGGAACUGUUCAUGUCCAUACCAGACCAGUAAAUUAUAAGAUCCAGAUGUUAGUGUCUAGAAUUAGCUGUUUAGAAUUCAGAGGGGACAUAUGUUUUAACUUUGUCAUAUAUUAGCAAGAAUUGGUCUACUGUGAUGUUUGGGGAGGAGGAGGGGGAAAAUUUUUUUAAUGCACUUGUAUGUGAAGACAGUUUGUAUGACAAUACAAAACUUUUAAACAA